CAAGAUGGAAGAAAUGGAUUUCAAAAAUGAGGUAGAUAAAGAAAAGUGUUCAAGUACGAGCUCAUUAGACGUAAGUAAAGAGGAGACAGAAUUAAUUGAAGAUGAACAAGAAAAUGAAGAAGAUGAAGAAAUAGACAAUAAAGAUGAGAAGGAGAACGGAGAUGAUUUAAAUGAUGAUGAUAAUGAAAAUAAUGUGGACGAUGAUGAUGACGACGAUGACGAAGAUGCUGAUGAAGCAGAAAUCAAAAUUUUAGAAACUUCGUUGGCACAAAAUCCUUAUGAUUACAGUAGUCAUGUAGCAUUGAUAAAAAAGCUUGAAACAAUAGGGGAACUUACACGUCUACGUGUUGCAAGAGAAAACAUGAGUUUAAAAUAUCCAUUGAGUCCAGAAUUAUGGCUCUCGUGGAUACGUGAUGAGAUUAAAUUAGCUGUGAGUGCGGAAGAAAAAGCUGAAGUUGUCAAACUGUGCGAGAGAGCCGUUAAGGAUUAUCUUUCUGUUGACAUUUGGCUGGAGUAUUUACAGUUCAGUAUUGGAAAUAUGGAUAAUGAGAAGGAUGGAACUAAAAACGUUCGUCAACUUUUUGAAUCUGCAUUAACGUCCGUUGGAUUGCAUACUAUUAAAGGAGCUAUAAUAUGGGAAGCAUUUAGAGAAUUCGAAGCAGUAUUAUUUGCAUUGAUUGAUCCUUCGAAUAAAGCUGAAAGGAAAGAACAACUGGAACGUAUUGGAAAUUUAUUCCGCCGCCAAUUAGCAUGUCCUUUGCUCGAUAUGGAGAAGACCCAUGAAGAGUAUGAAGUUUGGAGGACUGGAGAUGGUGUUCAAGCUACUGUAGAUGAUAAUAUUGUAGUGGGAGGAUACGAACGUGCUUUUGCGAAACUAAAUCUCCGUCUUCCUUAUGAAGAAAAAAUAGUAUCUGCGCAAAACGAAAGUGAAUUGUUUGAUGCUUUUAAAGCAUAUUUGUUAUAUGAAAAACAAAAUGGAGAUCCAGGUCGUGUUACAGUUUUAUAUGAGAGAGCAAUUGCAGAUCUCAGUCUCGAAGUACCACUUUGGCUCGAUUAUCUUAAUUAUCUUGAAAACAACAUUAAGAUAGAGUCGAUAUUAAGCGAAAUAUAUGAAAGAGCAUCAAGGAAUAUUCCAUGGUGUUCAACAAUUUGGCAAAAAUGGAUUAGAGCUUACGAGAAAUGGGAGAGACCUGUUCUAGAAGUUCAAGUGCUAUUAGAAAAUGCUUUAACUAUAGGUUUCCCAACAGCAGAGGAUUAUCGUGAUUUAUGGAUGAAAUAUUUAGAAUAUUUGCGCCGAAAAAUAGAUAAAAACGUAGACGAAGAAGAUAAACAAAUUGAUAUCCUUCGUAAUACGUUUAACAGAGCUUGCGAACACUUGGCUAAAAUUUUUGGUUUGGAUGGUGAUCCAAAUUGCGUUAUUUUACAAUAUUGGGCAAGAACAGAAGCUAUAACCGCCAAUAAUAUGGAAAAGGCUAGAUCUCUUUGGGCAGAUAUAUUUUCACAAGGCCAUUCGGCAACUGCUUCUUAUUGGUUGGAAUAUAUUUCUUUAGAAAGAUGUUAUGGCGAUACAAAACAUUUAAGAAAAUUAUAUAAAAAAGCAUUGACUUCGGUCAAAGAUUGGCCAGAAAGCGUGGCGAAUUCAUGGUUGGAUUUUGAGCGUGACGAAGGUAAUCUCGAACAGAUGGAAUUUUGUGAAGUGAAAACAAAAGAAAGACUGGAGAAAGUUGCAGAAGAAAGAUCAAAAGCUCAACAGGCUAAUUUGCAAAAUGAAUUAUUUGCACAAUCAAAAAAAACAAACAAGAGAAAAGCAGACGAUGCAGGUAAAUGGAAGAAUUUAGGAAGUUCUCCCUUUAAAAUAAUGAAAACGGACGAGAAAAAUAAAUUUAAAUUACGAGAAAGUCGUCUUAACUUGGAUAAGAAAAUGGAGGAUGAGAAGGAACAAAUGAGGCCGGAAGUUCAACCACCGCCAGGUUUUAAAUCAUCUGAAAAUGAAAAAAUCGAUACAAAUCGUGAAAUAGAUGAUAAGUUAACCGUAUUUAUUAGUAAUUUGGAUUACACGGCAACCGAGGACGAAGUUAGAAACGCUUUAAAGCCAGCAGGAGCAAUAACUUUGUUUAAAAUGAUUAGAGAUUAUAAGGGACGUAGCAAAGGGUAUUGCUAUGUACAACUAAGCAACACAGAGGCCGUUGAAAAAGCAUUAACGUUAGAUAGGACACGUAUAAAUGGACGUCCUAUGUUUGUUUCAAAAUGUGAUCCUAACAAAAGUACAAGAAUUUCAGGAUUCAAAUACAACAGCACUCUAGAAAAGAAUAAACUUUUUGUUAAAGGUCUUCCAGUUGCAACGACAAAAGAAGAUCUUGAAAAAAUAUUUAAUAUUCAUGGAAAGUUAAAAGAUGUUCGUUUAGUUACUUAUCGUAAUGGACAUUCCAAAGGAUUGGCAUACGUUGAAUAUCUAAAUGAAGGUGAUGCUGCUAAGGCUCUUCUUGCUACCGAUGGUAUGAAAAUUGGAGAUAAAGAAAUAAAUGUAGCAAUUAGUCAACCACCAGAACGUAAAAAAGGAGAAGAAAUAUCUUACGUGAAAUCAUUGGGUAGUAGUACAGUAAGUAGAACAACAUUUGGAUUACCAAAAACCUUGUUAUCCAUGGUACCGCGAAAUGUUAAAAUUACGAACAGUAAUAAUACUAAUGAUACUAAUAAGAGCUCAUCUAAGAAUGGAAUAUCACAGCCGAAGAGUAAUCAAGAUUUUCGGAAUAUGUUGUUAAAUAAAAAAUAAUUUACUGUAUUAUAUAAAA